UUGCUAGGCAGUCGAAGCCCAUAUCUCCCAGAGAGUGAAUGCAGAAGUCGCGACAGGAUCGUAAUUAUGAUUUAGUUGCUGCUCCCAGGUUGUCUGCAUUUGCCUUUUCGCAUUGGACGGGGUUAGUAUGUAUCUUAUUGGCGGAAUGCAUAAGACUUGCCAUUUUCUGUUUUUUCCAAUUGGCCACUGAAAAUGUUUUAUUGCGGCAUUGGGUGUCUCAUUUUAGCAAGAGAUUAGCUAUUGGUUAAUUGCAUGUGGCUACCAGAGCCAGGCUUUCAAUUGCUCACAGUUAAAGCCGUCGGCAUGGGCGCUAGCUGCUUAUUUAAAGUGCGGCUUGUCUGAGUUCAGCGCGUUGCUGCAGAAGCAUGAAGUCGGUAAUCUAGCCGUCACAUCGGACAAGGGUGUGCGCCUGAAUCGUGCUGCCUGUGUUUCUGCGUAAAAGGAAACCACUACGUAUGGAAGGGAUGUACAAUGUUUGCGUGCACAGUUUGAAGUAUACACAUUUUAAAGCGCCAUCGAGCCCUUCGCCGAUCCCAAUGUAGAGUCCUAAUGCAGUCCUGCAAGCGCAAGGCUUCAACCUGCCGCGACUGGGAAAUAUGAAAAUAGCAGCGCACAGACGGAUAUUCGCUUGACAUCGCAAAUCCGGAAGAUACGGGACUUCAGUAAAUAUGUAGUGUUUCUGAGAGGGGUUGUUUCGAUGGAAAAGAAAAACUUGCAAUUAUCUUCUCACGUUGUUUUAAAGUACACAUUUAUGAAUACAGUCGUUUGACCGUUCAACGGAUUAUCCUGCAGCAUGUGCUAUCCAGAGAGUGUGGGCGUGAUUGCGCUUUAGCCCGCUGGCUUAAAACUAGAGUGUUAGAUCGGAUAUUUAUUGUUUGAAGUUUUGACAGCACGCCUGUUAUCACUAAAUGGUGCUUCGGGGAGGCGGUAAUACAGAAAGCAUUCGCACAUCCUUUUUGAAAAGAGGACCGCGGCUUUGCAAUUAGAGAAGCUGUUUGCACAGAUUUUGGAUUGCUCUCCUUCCUAAUGACUAUUCGUGAAAUAUCCUUUCCAGGAUAAUGGAUGAUAAAUCCAAUAAAUUAAUUUUGGUUCCGAUUUUAGCUGUGCUCUUCACGAUGAUAGGCUAUCAGUAUAUUUGCCAAACUGGCAACAACUCGUGUCACUUAAGGACUGGGGAAAAGGUGAGAGGAAUUACCCCUCCGUCCUCAACUGUCCCACCGAUCGUCGAUUUAUACAAAGACCAGGACAUAGAAGAUGACAGCCCUCCUAAAAUGAUGCCCAAAUUUAACUUUUCACAAAAGGACUUGAUGCGCUUUGUAGAUUUUAACAUCAAAGGGGACGAUGUGAUCGUGUUUCUGCACAUCCAAAAGACGGGUGGAACUACAUUCGGUAGACAUCUGGUGAGGAAUAUCCGCUUGGAGCAGCCCUGCGAUUGUAAGCCCGGCCAGAAGAAAUGCACUUGUCACCGACCCGGUAAGAAAGAAUCCUGGCUCUUCUCUCGGUUCUCCACGGGCUGGAGCUGCGGGCUGCACGCCGACUGGACGGAGCUCACGAACUGCGUCCCCGUCAUCAUGGACAAAAAGGAGGCGCAGAAGGGUCGGAGGAACUUCUAUUAUAUCACAAUGUUGAGAGACCCUGUAUCCCGCUACCUAAGUGAAUGGAAACACGUCCAGAGAGGGGCAACGUGGAAGACAUCAUUGCACAUGUGUGACGGAAGGACCCCCACACAAGAUGAACUUCCUACCUGCUAUAUGGGAGAUGACUGGUCGGGAGUCACCUUGCUGGAGUUCAUGGAUUGUGCUCACAAUCUUGCCAACAACCGCCAAGUACGCAUGCUGGCAGAUCUCAGCCUGGUGGGUUGCUACAACAUUUCUUUCAUGAAUGAGAGUGAGCGGAAUGAAAUUCUCCUCCAAAGUGCAAAAAAUAACCUCAAAAACAUGGCUUUCUUUGGGCUGACAGAAUACCAACGGAAGACUCAAUAUCUUUUUGAGCGGACCUUCAACCUCAAGUUUAUUUCACCCUUCACACAACUGAAUAGCACACGGGCAGCCAAUGUGGACACCGAUGAGCUGGUGCGGCAGCGCAUUGCAGAGCUCAACUUCCUGGACAUGCAGCUCUAUGAGUUUGCCAAGGACCUGUUCCUGCAGCGCUUUCAGUUUACGCGGCAGAAAGAGCAUCAAGAGGAGAGAGAAAAAAGGCGGAAAGAGCGACGGCUAAUCCGGGAACAAAAAACCCGCCAUUCCAACGUGCCACCAGAGGAGCAGAUCACCACAGAAGACUACACAAGUCAAGUGACACGAUGGUGACAACUAAGGGGCUUGCAAAAAGCAACCAAAAUAGGUUAAGAAAAAAAAAAUACUUUAAUUUCCUGCACAUUACAUUGACUGAAAUCUCAUCAUUUUAGACAUGGAAACUGCCAAGGUUGUGAUUACACAGCUGUCCUGCCUUUGAGUGCCCUUUUGUGUCUUAACUUUAAAAAUGGAUGUACAGUAUGACUUCUUCCUCUGUGCCCUUCUCCCUGCUUUCUACUCUAGAUAGUUAUUAUAAUGUAGAUUGUGAGGACUAUGUAUAGAUAGUAAAUGAAGCUUAAAGGUGACUUUCAUGAAAGAAUAUUGAUUUUCAAAGAUAGCUUCAAAAGCUGUUGAUGGGCCAUUACUCAGCAUAUGAAUUUUUUUGUUGUAUCAGUAUACGGUAGUUGUGAUAUUCAAAAUAAGUUUUCAGUCAAGUUGAUUUUCUUCUUUUUUAUUUUAAGUGCAUUGUGUAGUUGACUGAACGAGUUUCCCCAAGAAUGUAUGAUGUCAAGGCUACAACAUUAUUAAGAAAAAUAACCACUGAUAUUUCUUGAACAAAUGACCCUCAAUCAAAUGUACCUUUGCCAAUAUACUCUGCAGGCACUCAGAAUCUACACUGGUGUGUACUUCUUCUUUGUUCAAUAAAGGAAGACAAAUUGGCAUCAUACAGGCGUGAAGCAGUCUGCCGGCACUUUCACAGAGCACAGUUGUCAUUUGAUCAGCUGGUUCAGAAGUGAGAUCAGGCGCUGAUAAACAGACUGCUUGCUGCUUUGAAACUCACCCUGUAGUGUCCCAUUAAUGAGCUGUCAUAAUCAUUGAUCCUCUUUCCCCCUUUUGAAAUAAAAACUGUUAUGUCAAGAAUUACUUCAGGACAUUAGCCACGCUAUCUGCCUCUUUCUUCUUUGUUUUCUCCCCUUUCAAUCGGAAUUUAGCUUAAAUCAGCUAUUUGUGACUUCUGUAGCAACCAGACAAGAAGUAACGUAACAGAAUACUGCAAUGUGGCCAGGGAUGUACAACAUUUUACAAAGAAACAGUUACGCAGAGAAUGGGAAACGUAUUUAUGCAAAUGUUCCUUCGAUCAGGUGCUUUCUGUCUAUUUCAAGCAGACAUUCCAGCAAGAUAACUAUUUAUUUUCAGCAAAUAAGCCAUAAUUGAUACUACAAAUUCAAAGUGGGACAAGGGGCAUGUAAAGGACUAAAUGUAUUUGUUAAAGAUAUUGUUGUGUUAAAGCAGUUCUGUAAGCUUGCUACCACCACACUCUUAAUAUAGUGCUUUCAAGCUCAGAAUGGGAAUAAAAUGUUAUUCUUUUCUAUGUUGUAAAGGAAAAACCUGGAAAAAGAAAAAUAAAGGUGGAUUUCCAAAUUAUUUUGCAUGAACAUAAAAA